AUGUCCGGGAGCGACGCCAAGGGGGGAUCCACCGUCGGGUCGCGAGAAAAGCUGAGCUGGAUUAUUUUGUAUUCCCUGGCCUCGAGCUCGAUGCUGGUGAUCAAUAAACUCGCGGUGUCGAGCAACGGGUUGCCGACGGUGGUGAGCGGGGCGCAGCUCGCGACGUCGGCGGCCGUCGUGGUGGGAUUGGAGAUGUUCGGAGCGGGCGUCCUCGGACCUUUCGAACGGAAGAGGGUGGGACCGUUCAUGUUGUACACGACGUUGUUUGCGUUGGGAUUGUUUGCGAACAUGAAGGCUUUGAUGUUGACCAACGUGGGCGCGGUGAUCGCGGCGCGGUGCUGUCUGCCGAUAAUCGUCUGCAUAAUCGAGUGGGCGUUCAUGGGACGGAUGCUCCCCGGGGCACGUUCGGCCUUAAGUCUGAGUGGUGUCGUGUUCGCGGCUGGUUUGUACAUCACGAACGAUACCGGAGUGGACGUUCAGGGUGGAGCUGGGAUGUUUUGGCUCCUGACGUGGUGGCUCUUGCUCGCGGUACAGAUGACGUACGGAAAGCACCUGACAGAUAACAUCAAGAUGUCGCAGUGGGAGCGGGUGUUUUACACCAAUGCCAUGGCGGUACCGCCGACGAUCGUGCUGUAUUACUCAACCGGGGAGAACAACAUGGAGUUUAAGAACGGCGACGGGGCGACUUUUUAUUUACUCCUGAGUUGCGUCGUCGGCGUCGCCAUCUCGUACAGCGGGUGGAGGUGUCGAUCCGUCAUCACGGCGACGACAUUCACGCUCGUGGGUGUGGUGAAUAAGAUGGCCACCAUCGCCUUCACCAUCAUCGUGUGGCCGAAGGAUUUCUCGGUGAUAAAGACGCUCGCCCUAUUCGCGUGCGUCGGUUUCGGGUUGCUCUAUCAAGACGCGCCGAUGCGAAAGUAA